UAAUUUGAUUUGAUGUCAUCAUCGAAUAGCGAGCCAAAAAUAGCAUUUUAAUUUUAAAAUGUUUUGAAUUUUUCAAAAAGAAAUCGAUUAGUAAUGUAAACGAAGAAAAAAAAAUGGGAAAUUCAAAAUCAUCAAUGGCCAUUGUACAUAAAUCUUUCGAUGAUUUUUACAUCGAUAGCGAUUGGAAACAAAAUGAUUGUUCAAUUUAUACUAAAAGUUUUGAUGAUUAUUAUCAAUCACAUGGUGGUGCUGGUAGUGAACAAAAAUUAUCCGAAUUAAAACGUGGACGUUCAUUGUUUUAUUCGAAAUCAAAAAUUAAUGGAUGUAAUCAACAACAACAACAGCAACAAUCAUCAACAACAUCGUCAUCAUCCUCAUUAUCAACAGCACAGAAUUUUAAACGUAUCAAUUCAUUACCACCGAUAUCCCGUUUACAACGAAAACAACAACAACAACAGCAACGACAACAACAACAACAAUCAACAAUAAAUUCAAAUCAAAAUGAAUUAAUUGAACCAAAACAAUUACAUAAAGGUUUUGAUAUGAUUCGUCAUCAUUUUGGUCAAAAAGAUUGUGAAUGGACACCAAAAUUAACCGAAUUAGAAACAUCAAUUUUAUUAUUGAAUGAAAAAGUAACCGAAUUAGAAUUAUCAAGACAGGAUUGUUUAAGAAAAUUAUCACGAUUAAAAAUUGAAUUAGAACAACAACAACAGCUACAGCAGCAACAACAACAGCAAAAGAAUUCAAGAAAAAUUCUUCAAUUACCAAUGACAAACAAUAAAUCUAAUCAUCAUCAUCAAAUGGGACAUGUUUUACGAAUAAAUUUUAUUGAAAAUUAUAUGAAACGUUUAGAAAAUCUAUUGCAUAUUGAUCGUGAACCAUUUUUAGCUAUUACAACAUGUUCAUCAUCAUCAUCAUCGAUUGAUAAUCAUCAUUCUAAUGAUAAUCAAAUUGAUCGAUUCUGUGAUAAAAUACAACCAAACCAAUCAACAGCGAAAUUAACAACCGAAAUGAAAUGUAAACAGAUAAAAAAUUAUUAUGAAUAUUUAUUAAAAACAGUAAUGCCACAAUUAUAUGGUAAUCAAAAUUCAUUUAAACAUAAAUCGGAUAAAAAUUAUUGCCAAUUUCGUCAAACAUUAAUACAAUUACGAUAUCAGGUACAAAUAAUUUCAACACAAUCUGAACAACAAUUAUUAGAUGCUAAACGUGCAUUUAUACAGGAAAUUGAUUCCUAUAUAAAAACAUUAGAUAAUAUGAUUGUAAAUGAUUUUGAUGAUUGUCAACAAUGUUAUGAUUAUCAAUAGCAA